GUUUUGGCGCAUGCGCGGACGUGAUUGACGAGGGAGUUUCCCGCGUUUCUGAGGGAGAGAGACUCGGGCCUUGUGGCGGAAGCGUCGCCAAGAUGCUCCAUCUCUUCUCCAAAGGCCUCGCUUUCUUCUGGCGAAAAGCCGAAGAGGAGGAAAGGGAGGCUCGCGAAAGGAGAGAUGUCAAAAGGCCAAAAACUGUACAAGGCGUAGUGACAAGAUUUUGCCCAGACUAUGGGAUGAUAGAUGAUUCCAUUUUUUUCACCAAUGAUGCUGUGAUGAGCAAUGCACCAUUGCAAGUUGGACAGAGAGUUGUAGCUCUUGUUGAAGAAGAUAAAAUAUCUACUGGAUUAAAGGCAGUCAGGGUAGAAAUCAUACCUGAUACAUGGGAAGAGAACAGCACAUGUCCCAGUGAGAUUGACUCUGAUAUUAAGACGCUAAUUGGAAAUAUUACAUCUCUAAAUGAAACUGGUGGACACAUCAACCAAACAACCUCUUUCUCCUUCGAUGUGGUUUGUGAAGCCUUUAAACCUUGUAAAGGAGAUUGGGUAGAAGCAGAAUAUGUUAUUAACCCAGCAACCUGGACCACUAAAGCAAUUUGUGUGAAACCCUUGAGGUAUAAAAGAAUUGAUAAGGUCCGUGUUUCCAGUCUGUGUGGAAGGACUGGGGUUGUAGAUGACAGUGUAUUUUUCACUCUGGAUUCCCUGAGACUUGCUGAUGGUUACAUCCCUCAGAGAUAUGACUUGGUCAAUGUGGUUGCUGUGGAAAGUAACCAGUCAUGUUACAUAUGGAGAGCACUUUGCAUGGCUCCUGCAGAUAAAAAUGGGUCUUCUAUAACCCCUGGAAUUACCUGUAGUGAGUCAUAUGAACACUUACUGAAAGACAAAGAAGGACUUGAGGUAUCCAAAAUAACAAACAUUGGCGAGCUCAAAUUAGGAGAGACUAAAAGCAUGGAGGUCUGGAUUGAGAACAAAGGGAAGACAACACAUCAUUUAAUUAGCUGCAAAUUAGGUGGCUGGGAUAAAGAGAGACAAUUUUAUCUGGAGGUGCCAGGAAGCAGUCAGAAGAGUUCAACAGCAACUAUAGUAUCAUCUGUUGCACUCACAGGAAUUAAUCCUGGAGUUGAAUCUGCAGACUUUAAUAAUGUUGGGGGCUGUGACAGUUCUUUUGUCAGUCAAACAGAAAAACUGAGCUGUGAAAAAGUACAGAAUAAAGAUAUGGAAGAAAAUACAGCUGAAUCCAAGAGGGACAUCUCUUUGCCUUCUGGGGGAAAGAUUUCUAUUAUGGUUUCAUGCACUGCAAAAAAUCCUGGCCACUGUAAGGAACUUCUGUUGCUCUGCUUUUCGGAUUGUGUUAUUGCUCGGCACAUUGAAGCCACAGUGGUCACAGAGGAAGAAUCAUGGAUAGCAGCCACUGAGCCCUUUUCCCAAAGGAAAUGCCAAGUAAUCUCUGAGCACGAUAAAAAGGCAGUCGUGGUUUUACCGAUGCACAAAAGAGUGUCAAGGAGACAGCUACCAAAUUUCAUUGGACAAUACCCCCUCCCAGAUACAUUAAGGAGAUGUGUGGAAAAGAACCUGGACAUACUUGCUUUUAAUCCACAUCUUGGAGAGGGCCUGACUCUAGCUAAUUACAAAGCCUUUUUUUUUACUUUGCUCUGGCUUGAAGAAAUUUCCGAAGAGCAAGAAUUGAAGGAUUUAUCCCUGUAUGGGGUCAUCUUGAAAAAAAAUGGAAACUUUCUGGUACUUGAAGUACCAGGUGUUUUAGAGGGACGCCCUUCUCUUUAUCCAGGUGACAAGGUGAUAUUGAAAACCCAAGGUUACACAGAGCAGGCAAUCCACUAUGUUGCAUUUAUUACUGAGAUUGAUAAAGAAGAUGUUACUCUGAAACUUAAUCCAGCUUUUGAACAAGCCUAUAACGGUGAACCAAUGGAUGUGGAAUUUCCUCUUGGCAGGACUACAACCCGGAGAUGUCAUUUUGCAGUUGAACAAGCCGUCCAUUUGGGAGAAAAAGUUUUAUUUCCCGAGAGACUUACUGUACAGUUUCCACAAAUUGUCAAGCAGUGGAAUGAUUCAGAAAUGCCUUGCAGCGUUCAAGAAGAAAGCACUACAAAUGGAACCAAGGAUGACAGGGCACAAAAUAGUAAAAAGAAAAAGAUGACAAAAGAUAAAAAGACAGUUACUUUUUCUGAUAUGAUGACUACUGCAGCACAAACAAGAAAUAAAACUGCAACAUCGGAUAGAAAGGACUGUGGCUUUUUCAAUCCAAUGCUGAAUGAACAUCAGAAACUAGCAGUGAAAAGGAUACUUAGUGGUGAAUGUCGUCCAACUCCUUAUAUUAUCUUCGGACCACCAGGAACUGGCAAAACUGUCACAGUCAUCGAAGCAAUUUUGCAGAUCCAUUACGCUUUACCAGACAGCCGAAUAUUGGUUUGUGCACCAUCCAACAGUGCAUCAGACCUUCUUUGUUCACGGCUUCAUGAAAGCAAUAUGUUAAAGCCAGGAGCUAUGGUGAGGGUUAAUGCUUCAAGCAGAAAUGAAGAGAAUCUUAGUGAGGUAAUAAAAUAUUACUGCAAAGAUGGAGAAGACAUUUGGCAGGCAUCUCGAUUCAGAAUAAUUAUCGUGACAUGCGCCAGUGCAGGAAUGUUCUACCAAAUAGGAGUAAGGCUUGGACACUUCACACAUGUAUUUGUGGAUGAAGCAGGGCAGGCCAGUGAGCCAGAAUGCCUGAUUCCUCUGGGUCUGGUCUCAGAAGUCACUGGGCAGAUAGUGCUUUCGGGUGAUCCAAUGCAGCUUGGCCCUGUGAUAAAAUCCAGACUUGCAAUUGUCUAUGGAUUAAACAUUUCCUUAUUGGAGAGACUCAUGUGUCGUCCUCUGUAUAUGAGAGACGAGAAGGCUUUUGGGGCUUGUGGGUCAUACAAUCCUCUCUUGAUUACAAAACUCAUUAAGAACUACAGAUCACAUGCUGCACUGCUCACAGUUCCAUCUAGACUUUUCUAUCAUAAUGAACUAGAGAUCUGUGCUGACCCUUCUAUAGUAAAUUCCUUGUUGGGAUGGGAGAAGUUGCCAAUGAAACACUUUCCAUUGAUUUUCCAUGGAGUACGGGGCACUGAAAUGCGUGAAGGCCACAAUCCUUCUUGGUUUAAUCCUACAGAAGCGGUCCAAGUGAUGUUGUACUGUUGCCUUCUUGCUAAAAAUAUCACCAGGGCAGUAUCAGAGAUGGAUAUUGGUGUGAUCACACCAUAUCAAAAACAGGCUGAAAAAAUAAGAAUUCUCUUACGUAGUAUGAAUCUAAUGGGCAUCAAAGUUGGCUCAGUAGAAGAGUUUCAAGGGCAAGAAUACCUGGUGAUCAUCCUGUCAGCAGUUCGGUCAAAUGAAGCUUCACUGGGUGAUGAAAAAGUCUAUUUAGGCUUCCUUGCAAAUUCGAAACGCUUCAAUGUAGCAAUAACCAGACCCAAAGCAUUACUUAUUAUAGUGGGGAAUCCUCAUGUGCUUGCCAAAAAUCCCUGCUUUUGUGCUCUUUUGGAUUACAGUUUGGAAAAUGGAGUUUACGUUGGCUGUGACUUACCACAAGAACUGGAAAAUCAAAGACUAAAUGACGAAUUAAAAAGGACUGCUGUACGACCUGAUAAAUCUUCAUGAUUUGCCAACAGUUUGGUACGGAAUAUAAAGCAGGUGAAGAAUUAUCGCAGUUGUUUAAAGUAGUAUUAUUUAAAAGGACGCCUGUUAAAUUAUGUUUUCAUACUUGCUAUAUUUUGAUGUUGUAAAAUCAUAAAUGAGUAAAGUUUUCUGUGUGUUGUGA